ACGGAUAUAAAGCUCUCCCGGCCCAAAGAGAAAUACGUUGCUUUCCUCGUAUAUACUUCGUUGCUUCACCAACCAGAAAGACCGAAACUGCUAGUCCAGAGGGAAGUGAAGAAAAUAAAAGCCUCUAUUCUAAACUAAACUAAACCCAAACCAACCUCAAAUUUGAGAGAGACUAUUUCCAUUCCUAUGGCCGACGCUAAAGAUCAAAUAGUGGAUGUUGGGUCUGUCGUCGAAGCUCUUGCCUCCGACGUCGGAGACGCUCCUCUUUACCAAGUCGAAAGCCUCUGCAUGCGUUGCCAUGAAAACGGUACAACCAAGUUUUUGUUUACGGUGAUUCCGCACUUCAGAAAGAUUCUGUUAUCUGCCUUUGAGUGUACACAUUGCGGGGAGCGAAAUAAUGAAGUUCAGUUUGCUGGUGAGAUUCAACCCAAGGGAUGCAACUGCCGUUUGGAGGUUCCAGCAGGCGACCCUAAGAUGCUUGACCGACAAGUGGUGAAAUCUGAAUCUGCAACUAUUAAGAUCCCUGAAUUAGAAUUUGAGAUUCCUCCAGAGGCUCAACGAGGAAGUUUGUCCACGGUGGAAGGGAUAUUGUUACGAGCGGCGGAUGAAUUGGAGGUUUUACAAGAAGAACGCAAGAAAGUGCAACCUCAGACUGCCGAAGCUAUAGAUCAAUUCUUGCUAAAGUUAAGAGCCUGUGCAACUGGAGCUUCACCCUUCACUUUUGUUCUAGAUGAUCCUGCUGGCAACAGCUUCAUAGAGAACCCGUAUGCACCAUCACAUGAUCCAGCAUUGAGUGUCAAGUUUUAUGAACGUACUCCAGAGCAGCAGACACUGUUAGGGUAUCUUGUUGACACAUCACAAACAGUAGCUAAUCAUGAUGGAGCAUCAACAGAAGAACAAAAUGGUGGUUCUGGUCAAGUACAAAGAGAACCACAUGGAUCAGUUGGAGCAGCAGCUGGUCAUCGAGCCAUUGCUCAAAGCAACAGUGCAGAAAUCGCUGAAGCUCUGUUUCGGUAUAGUGCGCCAGAAGAGGUAAUGACUUUCCCAUCAACAUGUGGAACUUGUGCUGCAAGUUGUGAGACUCGAAUGUUUGUCACCAAUAUUCCAUACUUCCAAGAAGUCAUUGUCAUGGCAUCCACAUGUGAUGCAUGUGAUUACCGCAAUUCCGAGGUCAAACCUGGUGGAAGAAUUCCUGAAAAAGGGAAAAAAAUAAGUCUGAGAGUGACUAAUGUUAAAGAUUUGAGCCGUGAUGUAAUAAAGUCGGAUACUGCAACUGUGAAAAUCCCCGAGCUUGAAUUGGAGUUAGGAAGUGGCACUUUGGGGGGCCUUGUUACUACUGUUGAAGGCUUGAUUACUAAUAUUAGUGAAAGCCUUGGGAGAGUACAUGGAUUUACUUUGGGAGAUAGUCUUGAUGACCAUAAAAAAAGCAAGUGGAUAGAAUUCAAAACACGGCUAGACAAGCUUCUGAGUUUUGAAGAACCUUGGACUCUGAUUUUGGAUGAUGCACUAGCUAAUUCUUUCAUUGCACCGGUCACCGAUGAUAUGAAAGAUGACCAUCAGUUAACAUUUGAGGAGUACGUGAGGUCAUGGGAGCAAAAUGAGGAAUUGGGUUUGAAUGACAUAGACACCUCUUCAGCUGAUGCUGCAUAUGAUACAACAGAUACAACAGUUUAGAUCGAUAAAUUAUUCUUGCACCUUUUCCCACUUUUCUUGGGAGAACUUGGGUGGACUUUUUUAUUUAUUUAAUUAUACGGAGACUUUUUUCAUGGUUUUGUAUAAGUUGUGUUGUUAUUAACAUAUAAUUAUAGUUUUGUUUGGUUUCAAACUA